CAUUACGCGAUGACGCAAGGACGUAGCUUACUGAAUGUGAUGGCGGACGAAAUUACCUCCAGUGCGAGUCAGAGAGGCAAGAGAGAAAGUCGUCUGACCCGUGACAGUGCUUAGGAACCAGGUUUAGGGAGGGCGACUGUUGUGUAUGUUUUGAACGCCGUCCCCUCCCAGUGUAAUAAUAUGUGGGACCGCGUGUCUUUGGAGUGCGAUAACUGGGACGCGGCAGAAACAGACACCGCUUAUUAGUGCAGUGUAACGGUUGCUAGCUAGCUAGCUGUUAGCCAAUAAGACUCCAGUAAAAUAACAAGACGACUCAAUAAGCCAGAUCCAGCAAGGAGUAGCUAAAGGACCUGGAGGAGACACCAGGAUGAAAUUUGCGGAGCAUCUUUCUGCUCACAUCACUCCGGAGUGGAGGAAACAAUACAUCCAAUAUGAGGCGUUUAAGGAGAUGCUGUACGCCGCGCAGGACCAGGCUCCCUCCAUAGAAGUCACAGAUGAAGACACCGUCAAACGAUAUUAUGCCAAGUUUGAAGAGAAGUUUUUCCAGACCUGUGAGAAGGAACUUGCCAAAAUCAACACUUUCUAUUCAGAGAAACUGGCGGAGGCGCAGCGACGCUUCGCCACGCUGCAGAAUGAGCUGCAGUCGUCUCUGGACGCGCAGCGGGAGAGCAGCGCGCCCGACCUGCGCCGGCGCCACAAGACGGUGUUCCACCUGUCGCACGAGGAGCGCGUCAAGUCCCGCAACAUCAAGGACCUGCAGCUGGCCUUCAGCGAGUUCUACCUCAGCCUCAUCCUCCUGCAGAACUACCAGAAUCUGAAUUUCACCGGUUUCCGGAAGAUUCUGAAGAAGCAUGACAAGAUCCUGGAGACCCCCCGCGGCGCGGACUGGCGAGUGGCCCACGUGGAGGUGGCCCCGUUCUACACCUGCAAGAAGAUCACCCAGCUCAUCUCCGAGACCGAGGCCCUGGUGACCACCGAGCUGGAAGGGGGGGACCGCCAGAAGGCCAUGAAGAGGCUGAGAGUGCCUCCGCUGGGCGCGGCGCAGCCGGCGCCAGCCUGGACCACCUUCCGCGUGGGGCUGUUCUGCGGAGUCUUCAUGGUCCUGGCCGUCUCCUUCAUCCUCAGAGGUGCGGUGUUGACGCAGCUCGGCGACCCUGAAUACCGCAACAACGUGUGGCCGCUGGUGCGCGUCUACCGCGGCGGCUUCCUGCUCAUCGAGUUCCUCUUCCUGCUGGGCAUCAACACCUACGGGUGGCGGCAGGCUGGGGUCAACCACGUUCUCAUCUUCGAGCUGAAUCCCCGCAGCAACCUGUCCCACCAGCAUCUGUUCGAGAUCGCUGGGUUCCUGGGGGUCCUGUGGUGCAUCAGCAUCCUGUCCUGCCUGUACUCGGACUACACCUUCAUCCCCAUGCAGGUCAACCCGCUCAUACUCUACGGCUUCAUGCUCCUCUUCCUCAUCAACCCCUUCAAGACCGGCUACUACAAGUCCCGCUUCUGGCUGCUCAAGCUGCUGUUCCGUGUGUUCACAGCUCCUUUCCACCGGGUGGAGUUCGCAGACUUCUGGCUGGCAGACCAGCUCAACUCCCUGGUGUUUGUGCUGAUGGACCUGGAGUACCUGGUCUGCUACUACAGCUUUGAGCUCAACUGGAACACAAAGAACGGACUGCUGCCCCACCACCAGGGUGAUGUGAUGUGCCACAGCUACUCGUACGGCGUCCGCGCCAUCAUCCAGUGUCUGCCCGCCUGGUUCCGCUUCGUGCAGUGCCUGCGCCGUUACCGCGACACCAAGCGCGCCUUCCCUCACCUGGUCAACGCCGGCAAAUACUCCACCACCUUCUUCGUGGUCACGUUCGCGGCCCUCUACAGCACUCACAGAGCCCAGAGCCACGACGACGCGGAGGUCUUCUUCUACCUGCUCAUCGUCUCCUCGGUGAUCAGCUCCUGCUACACCCUCAUCUGGGACCUGAAGAUGGACUGGGGCCUGUUCGACCGCAGCGCCGGGGAGAACACCUUCCUGAGGGAGGAGAUCGUCUACCCGCAGAAAGCCUACUACUACUGUGCCAUAGUGGAAGACGUGAUCCUGCGCUUCGCCUGGACCAUCCAGCUCUCCCUCACCACCAUGGACGUCUUCCCCUCAGCCGCCGACAUCCUGUCCACCAUCCUGGCUCCCCUGGAAGUCUUCAGGCGCUUCGUGUGGAACUUCUUCCGGCUGGAGAACGAGCACCUGAACAACUGCGGCGAGUUCCGGGCGGUGCGGGACAUCUCGGUGGCGCCGCUCAACGCCGACGACCAGACGCUGCUGGAGCAGAUGAUGGACCAGGAGGACGGCGUGCGCAACCGGCAGGGCAAGAAGAGCUGGAAGCGCAGCUACAGCCUGUCCCUGCGCCGGCCCCUCCUGUCCUCCCAAUCCAAGACCCGAGACACCAAGGUGUUGAUAGAGGACACCGACGACGAGGCCUACACAUGAGCCUGAGGGGCCGCUCGAUGCCUGGGGUCACACCCCCCAGCCCGCUGUCCAAUCAGAGCAUCACAGAGCUGCCUCUCUGCACCUUCUGCGCAGAUACACACCACACACAUCCCUUAGACACACUAACGUAAACAACUCCCAUAGACACACGCGCACACACACACACACACACACACAUCCCUUAGACACACUAGCAUAAAUAACUUCCAUGGACAGACACACACACACACACAUCCCUUAGGCACACUAACAUGAACAACUCCCAUAGACAGACACACACACAUCUCUUAGACACAAUAACAAACAAUUCAUAGACAGACACGCACACAUCUCUUAGACACACUAACAUAAACAACUCUCAUAGACAGACACACACACACAUCCCUUACACAUACUAACGUAAACAACUCCUUUAGACAGACACACACACAUCCCUUAGACACACUAACAUAAACAACUCCCAUAGACAAACACACACACAUCUCUUAGACACACUAUUGUAAACAACUCCCGUAGACAGACACACACACAUCCCUUAGACACACUAACUUAAACAAUUCCCAUAAUCAGACACAGCUAUUUCUUAGUCACACUAAUACCAACACACUCACAUCCCUUACACAUGCGCACACACCUGCAUCACAGAUACAUACCAUAUAUCGCUUAAGCAUGCACGCAUGUACACCACACACACUCAUACAGCCUUUUAGUGCACUAACAUACAGACAAACAUACACCCCAUAGACCCACACAUCCUGUUGACACACACGCUCACACGUGUACACACAUCGACACAGAGAAAUCACAUUAGUCGCAGACACAAGCGGUUGUACAAACAGGCGCAUUCUCAUUUGAUCAGUCACGCAUAGAUACUGCACUUGCUGUACACAUAUGUACACAUGCGCUCUCUGGCAUACACUUGGAAAAGUCACCCUUUCCUGGGAUUUUCCUAUAACACAUUUUUAAUUAGACAUUUGUGCACAUUAUUUUUAUUUUUAUUUUUUCAUGCAUUUUUUUAAUUUGUAUAUUUGUUUAGGGGUUUAUCUCACAAACUAUUUUUUUUGAAGAUACAUACAUAGCAAGCAAAUGACUGUUUACAAACAUUUAUAUAAUCUAUAUAUCAGGAUCAACAGGGAGAAGAUAUUAAUAAUCACAAAGACUAAUAUGAAUAAUAAGACAACAGAGCAUGGACUCAGAAACCAGACAAUAACCACGGCUCAUCCAGAAACUGUUUCUCACGGAUGGUUUUUUUGGGGGGUUUUAUUUGAUCUUGUUUUUUUUUUUAAUCCUGUUGGUUCGUUUCGUCUUUACGUUGUCAUGGAGUCAGCGUACAGCCCUGGAUGCACUUGCAGGAAAAGUGCACAGAAAGCAACUAACGGAAAAAAACAACUACAUACAUAGUUUAUUUUUAAUUUUUGUAAUGUACAUUAUUCUAAUUUUGCGGGUUUCGUUUGUUAUUGUUAUUUAUGAGAACGAGAAUGGCUUGAGCGUCUGUGCAAUGUGUAAGUGUUUGAAAAGGUGACAGCUGAGUUGUGGCUCCUGCUUUGCUGACUGAAGGCAGAGAGCCUUUUUUCUGGGUGUUUAAAAAACCUUCAGGUGGCCCAAAUUAAGCCAUGUUCCGGAGAGCAAGCCCCGCCCAUACACCUGCCUAUCACAGCUCCGCACCAGUGAACGGUUCAGAGGUCAUCGCUCAAGGAAGAUCUGCAUCCACCUUCUGGAAUGUUGGUUGUGCCAAAGUGUAUGUGAUACUACCGUGGUCUAGUCAGAGAGCUGGAUAGGUGGUCAAAUUUCUUGCGGGCUCCCAAAGUAGUGUUGCGGAUAAAUAGCUGAAUUGUGUAACGUUAUUUGUUGCCAAAAAUAUAAUGAAAAUGUCCUUUUUGUUGUGAUAAUUUACAUGUUAAAUAUGAUGUUGAAAAAGGCUCAUAGCCACUGUCAUUUAGUUAAGCUGAUCCAAGCGUCUACUUCACAAAGUUCAGUGUUUGUAGAAAUGGAUUUUUUUGCCAUUUCAAAAUCACUUAUUUAUAUCUAUUAUCAUAUGAGCCAGGGCUGCACAGUCUUGCAUAACUGUGUUUUUGUAGCCAUAACUUCAUUUUGGCACAAUUGUUUUUGUAUUAUUCUGUGUAUAUAUACAAUAUAUUUGGAUUGGUAGAUUUGUGUUGCUUUGGAAGAGUAACCCGUAUAUUGUGUGGUCAGUAGAUUUGAAAAUACGACAGUCUUAGUCGUUUUGUAUUUCUUCUGGGAAAUCCAUUUUGGACUGCCAGGCUAUUGGGUAGAAAUGAACCCUCUGUUUUAAUGAACCCUGUGUAAUUCAGUCUCUAAACAGAUGGUUUAGGCAUGCAGCGGUGUUGUCUGUGUGGCGUACAGAUCGCUUUGUGGCCUGCUUUAUUUCAGCUCUGUUUGCUCUGUGAAGUUAUUAUAUUAUAGAGCUCCACCGUUUUCAGAUUUUGUUUUAUCGGACGUGUACUGUAUCAAGCCUAGUCUUGAUACAGAAGGUUCUAGUAACUCUGAAUAAUGGUCACUUGCACUAAAAGGUGGUUUCUCCCUGUUUGCAGAACACGGACCAAACCUGUACUAGGCCUUUGACAGUUUUUUUUGUCUGUCUGUCUCCUCAUCCACUUAUCAUCCAAUUUUGUCCAUUUUGGAUGCAUUCCCCUCAUUUUGCAUUACAGUCAUUUACUCUGUCCUUUUUUUUUGUCAAGGCUAACGUUUAUGACAGCACUGCUUCUAUGAAUUCAGGGCAUUGUAUCUUGUGCGUGGGAUAGAUUUCUGUGUAGCAGCCUCUGGAUCAGUCCUGUGCUCCUGUUUUCGCUUCCGUGAUCGUUUUUCAGACUGUUUUAUUGAACUGGGGACCAAGAGGGCGGCCCCUCAUUGUGCCAGACGGUGCGCAAACUGUGAGGCUGUUGCAGGGACAGGGUGAGGGGGAGGUGAACAGUUCAGGGGGAGGCUGUCUUUUCUGCUACCCACUCAGGUUAGAUAAUCUUUCUAUUGUGUUAUUGUGUUCUUUUUUUUCCUCAGCCAGUGCAACUCAAGCUUUGUUGAGCUUCUUUUGAAACGUUCAGCUGAAGAGGAAUAUGAGUGAUUUGUGUUCUGCGUUGAUAAUGCUGAACGUCCUGCUAUAGAAAUGUGUCUGCAGUCUUUCAUGAAGGGGGAGGAGACUGAACUUAGUCCCUCCUCCUAUGCCACCUGAAGGACAUUUAAGCAUCCAGGAAUAUCCUCUGGUAUGUCAAAUGUGUUGCCGGGCACAUAGUUGCUACGGCUAAUGUCAAAUGGGUUUGUAUAUGUUUGUACUGAGCUUCACUGGAAAAAAAACAAAACAAAACUCGAGGGCUUGGGAGUGUGUAUAUAAUAUGCCAUAUCCACUCUCCAUUGCCUGAGCCUCAACGAUCAAAUCUGCUGGUUUGUCCUGACAUUUCAAGUAGCACAAUAAAUGAACGUGUUUUAAAGAGUAGACUGCUGUUUAUAAAGGUGUGAACUCAGCAGGUCAGCCAUAAGGGUUGGCAUAUUGAGGUGCGGAGGGUGAGGAACUACAGAAUCUCUGUGUAACAGCAUAAUGAUGUUCCACUUUCAUUCACAUUUUUGUGGCAAUAGAUUUUUGUUUUAAUAAUUGCUGUUGGUAAUUUAACAGAUAUUUUCCUGCACAAUAAUUUUAUGAUGUCAUAAACUGUAUAAUUUGUGAAAACGCACUUGACUUUUCUGUUGUUUCACUGUAAUGGAGAAAAUGAUAAUGCUUUUGAUAAAGAUCUCAAACUAUCCUGGAGGUGACUAGAGCUGAGGAUUUGAAUGAUUAUAUGUUAUUAAUAUUCUACAAUGCAUGCUUACCUGCUCAUUAAGGAGAAUCUUUUCUUAAACCUGUGAAAAUGAUCUAUGGAAACAAUCACAGAAAUUCCUAUAAAUGUAAUUUAUUUGAGUCCAGGUUAACCUGUGUCACACAUAUGGAGCACAGAAGAUUGGUAUCUGUUCUUGUACCCCAAAUGCAUGUCACAUGACUGCCUCCAUGUUGGGUGUUUGAAAAAGUACAAGUUUUAUCUGGGGUACAUGAUCUUAUACUUUAGUAAUAUUUAGGAGGCUUUACCCAGUAAACAUGAUCCAUUUGGCCCAAGGAUGGCUUUACAUUAUUUUUAUCAGAGGGCCAGCAUUAAAUUUGCUCUUCUGCAUUACUAAAGGCCACCAAGAACGCUUUAGCAUUAUCUACCAGCAAUGGCCUUACAAAAUUCCUCCAGCUUGAUCAUUAUUGUGGUUUGUUCUUGGACAAAUGCUGCCACUAAUUGCUGAAGUACUGCUCUCUGGCAAUUAGCUGCUGCCUGACUGGCACUGUCAUAUUUCAUGCAUUCAUGCUGGUAGUUAGAAUUUGGCUAGUUCUACUUGUAAUAGAUUCGCUGCAAUUGGCUCCAGGCACCAAAACAGAUGUUGGCGGUAAUUAAUUGAGACCUCCAGAAUACCAGCAUUGGCUCCUGACUGUUAAAGUACUGUUGGGGAAAUGUAGUGUGGCAUUACUGGGCUAGCACUGGCACGCUACAUUCCUCAGUGUCCAACACUGGACCAAGUAGCUUAUGUUUGCAGGGUAGUAGUCCCCUAUGUGUAGACGUAGGGAGGGUCUGUGGUUUUCACCUGCUGGAUCCACAUUUGAAUUCCAGAGCUGAAAAUACUACUGAUGGCAAUCAAGGCAAUGCACAACUGACCUAAGAAUCUCUUAAAUAAAUACCUGUAGUCUGCAGAAAUGUGUCCAGAAUACAAGAAGUAAACAAUUUCAAAAUAAGUUUAUUUUUCACAGAAAUAAAUCAGGGGCCUAUGUUACACAGCUCAGGGAGACCGAGUUGGUAGCUUUUGGUUCUGGUUAGGAGCAACCUUGUGCACAGGAAUUUAAAGGGUGCAUACAGGAAGUGAAGUGCCCCUUUAAUCCCUGUGCACAAGGUCAAGGGCAACAAUUGUUGUGGUUAAUCAAAGGGCAUGUCAGUACAAAGGGCAUGACCAGGAAAUUUAUUAAUUACCUUGGCAUUUUACAUAGGAUUGACAAUUGAUGAAAAUCUGAAAAAUCCUGCAACUGAUGUUAUAUAUAUAUCAAAUGUCAAAUGUCCUCCAAUGAUCCCUCUUUAAAAUCUGUAAAUUUGAUUGAAACAUUCUUUUAAUAAUAUAGCUGUCCAAAUUUCAGAAAACAGUUGUGGAUUGUUGACAAAAACACCAUGCAUCACCAAGUAGCUGUAAAAAAUUUGAAUACUUGUUACCUUGACUGUGUUGAAACGCUUGGGCUUUUUAUUGCUUUUCAUGAAAACUGAUCCACAUCAAUCGAUUAACCGGUGAAAUUAGAUGUGGCGUGAUUGCAAAUGAAUAUGCGUGAUAUCUGACAAGACAGGGCCACACUGUCUCUUGGAGCAGGCAAGUUGGAGGGGGAGUGGCGUGAGGUAGUCUAUAAUGCACAAACUGAAAUAAGAAUCCAGUGGUCUUCCCAUUUUCACUUGGCUCUCUGUUCCUGCUCUCCGUACAAGGUGCUAUGGCUUUGCGUUCUUGUGCAACUCACGGUUAGGCCUCUGCUUUCUCCUCUCCAGCCCACGCCAGUCAGGGGGCGUUUAUAAAUGUGUUGUGUCAUAGCAGCAGAAGCGAGAAAGAAAAGGUACAUUCCACUCUGCUUCUGUUAUGUUCACACCUGCCCUCAACUCUCCAAGGAUAAUUUUGUGGAUAAAAUCAAGGCUUGCCUUUGUAUUAUUUCUGCUCUUUCUCUCUUGUAACUGAAUCAUAUUUCUUUGAGUCACCUCAGAAACAAACGCCCGGGUGAUGUACAGCUGACCUCUGCCCCUUUUUAUUUCUUUGGCAUAUCUGUUGGACGCAUGGUUAACCCGUGCAGACAUUUGGAGCUUGCAAUCCCAACAUACUGGCAAUGGAAUCUGUUACACCUUUGCGAGCACAAUCUCUUUCGGCUGUAACUUUGAAGGUGGGUUAGCCCUUUUCAUGGGAAGCCAGACUUUUCAAAGGAAGGUUUAAUGUAAUCAGUCUUGUGUUACUGCCUGCUUUGUCUAUCCGUUUCUAUCUUUCACUCUGUGGCUAAGCUGUGUUUCGGUCAUGCAGUCACUGAGUUGUGUCUAGUGAACAAUGUGUGUGUUCUGUGCUGUUGGCUUUUUUUGUUGUUUGUUUAUUUUUUGUCUUCUUUUUGCUUGGCAUUAUUAGUGCUGUUAAUGCAACGUAGUGGGGAUGAGGGACCUAACAAUAUUCUCACUAAAAACUCAAGCAGAAUAGUGUAACUUAUUUGGAAUGUGAAAACCAACUAUGACAAAAAUGACAUAAAAUGGCUUGUGCCUUUUUAAGUAGAUUUGUGUGCUGUUGUACCGAUUGUAGACAAAGAGCUGUCCUCAAUUAAGGCUGCCACUAUAAUAGUCUUUGUUAGUUGUGCUGCUGCUUUAUGUUACUAUUUGUCAAAACAUUUCAUAAACACAAGCCAUUAAUAUGGACAGUUUUGCAUCUACAUUAUAGUUACUACAAACCAACAUGCAGAAGUCAUUUACGUGCCAAGUUUUUGUAUGCUGUGUUUGUUGGAGUUUUGGGUCCCUGUGCAAUCUGAAAUUCUCUUAGGCAAAGACCAGACCACCAGGGCAGUCAGCCUAACCCUCACCAAAGAGCAUCCUACUGCAAGGUCGCCUUUCAUUUUCUUGUAGUUGUUGCAAUUCAGCGCCUUUUUAAGUAAGAGCUUGACAUCUCUUUCCCGCCCAAACGCAGGUACACACAUGCACACUCAUUCAGCCUCUCUUAAGCCCCUCCCUGUCUCUCCUCUUUUCACCCCUGACCCCACCCAAACCCAGACUGCAAGCACAAACCCUCUAUCCCCUUUCGUCAGUUCUGUUUGUGUUGCUUUGCACAACUGUCUUGCCUGCAUGCUGCUUUAAUUUUAAUUGUACAUAUUUUCAUUUGUUUUUCUUUAUGUGGGUAAGAAUCACUAUAUCAUUUUUGAAAUUCUUGUUUUUAAGACAAGCAGUAUUUAGGUGAUGAGGAGCAUCUUGAUUGUUCACAAUCCUGCACUCUUUUAGUGUAAUAACUGUCCAACUGUGUACGUGUAAAAAAGAAAAAAAGAAAAGAAAAUACAGUAAGUUAAUAUGGAAUGUGAUUGGUCUUAUCUUGUUGGUGCUUCUUUCUGAUUUGUCCUUGCUCCUUCAUCCCCAAGGCUUGUGUCCAGGGCAGGUGGAGGGAGGGGGGUUACGGUUUUGAGCAAACCUCAUAUUGGAAAGUGCCGACAUUUAAACAUCAAAAAGCAGGGGAACUUCUUUUACUCUUUAUGAAUAGAAAAAUGAACAAUUACACACAUUAAUAGUAAUAACUGACCAAAUGAACUAUGUGAGGUCAGUGGUGGGAGAACUCUUCAAGCUUCAAGUUUGAGGGUUAUUUUGUAGAUUUUUUUUCUGUUUUUGCACAAAAAGACUUGAAUGAUAGGCAAGCCCUGAUAUCACUUUUUCUUACUGGGGGGAAAGCCCCAAUGAUCUGUCGAUUCUAUUGCUUGCUAAAUCCAUGAUGUUAAGUGCUUGAUAUCUUGCUGCAUCUUUACUUCUUGAUGUUGUACUCUUUCUUUCUAAAAAUAGAUGACUGUGACAAUGUUUGUAGUUAAUAGAUGGUUGUACCUAAAAAAAGGGUUUAAAAACUGAUAAAACUUACGUGGUUAUGUGUUUAGAGACAUUUUUAAAAAAAGAAAAGUUGAAAGGAAAUGUCUUACAAUCCCCCUUUUGCAGAGUAGUUUGUACAUGUUGAGUGUAUUGCGCUGUGCUAUGAUGGUUUUACUGAUGGUCUGAUUUGUAUUUCUGUAUACACUUUGGUGAUCCUGUCAUAUCUGGGUUUUAUAAACCACGCUUAUUUUUAAAGUGUA